AUGGACGCCUCAGCCCCCAAGGCGAUUCUCACAUCCGAUAACUUUCCCCAUGCACAAGAGAUCUCACGCGCCACCUCACCAGGUGGUGAACCCGCAGCAAUGAACGGCGACGGCGAGCCCAAAGCUCGGGUUCGACCGCGCACCUAUCCAUACUUCAAAUACCUGCCUUACCAGCUCGAAGAUGAGACAGAGCGGGAUCGAACUCUACGGGAAAUCUUAAAUCAGCUGUACAUCUCGGUGGAGGCGGGUGACUUCAGCUCCGGAGCUGUGCACUGGACACGCGAGCUGCGAGGAUGGCUGUCACUGAAGUUCGAUCCAACCCGAAAGGAGCGGAUCAAUCUGGUGAAGCUUUAUUAUGAGCUUUCGCUAGCUCCGGGCAUUGACCCUGGUACCUCGGAGCGGUUCGCCAGCAUGUUCAUGCUUCUCACCAAGCGCAAGCACUACCUCCGACCCGUGAAAGAUCUCGUUCUCGACUGGAAACCCUUGUACAAGGAGCUGAAGGCCUUCGUGCUCCCAACCGAGUCCGGCCUGGUUCACUCGACGAACCUGAAGCGCAACGUGAAGACGUUGACAAAGCUGUGUGCGUUUUCCCAGCUAUUCAUCGAUCCCUGCGAAGUGCCCGCGAUGCUCGAAGAGUUCCUCCCUCAUUAUACCACCUCAUUUUCCGAAGGCGCUUUCGUGGUGGCAGGAUUGAUCAAUCUGCUGCUCCCGACUUCACCUCCGCCCGCCGAACGAGAAGAUCUCCUUCCACAAACCCAUCUGCCGACUCAUUUCCAUCUGUGGUCGCUGAUCGGUCGCUCCAAAACCUUCGAUACGACAUAUCUGGACUACUUAUCCAGACUAGCUCGUGAUUCCCUGCCAGCAGCACACAUACCAUUCUCUGAGCAUGGCAUUUUCACCAAGGAGCAAUCUUCCCUUAUAUUCACUGCAAUCCUACGACUACUGGAGAUUCCGGUUGGGCAAUCUACAUCACCAUACAGCGCGUUGGUGGACAUCUCAUCUGGAUUGGGCAUCAUGCUUGAUCGCGAUACGCGCAAGCAUCCCGUUGCCCACCAUAUUGCCCGCUGGAUAGUGUUGUCGCUCUCACCAGCUUGUCUGGAAUCGGAAGAUUCGAUUCUGACGCAGCUCGAGGGGUUGAUCCAGGCUGUUGAGACAUUCUUCCACCCUUCAAACUCUGGUAGCUGGACCAAGACUCUAUCGCAGUUAGUUUACUAUUUGACCGAUUUCUUCGUAAUGCGUUGGAAUCGUGAGCAAAGUGGAGAGAUGGAAAUUCCGCCCGAGCGGCGACUCAAUGAGCCCUUGAAGCGUCGCUUCGUGUUGUGCUUGAGGGAUGUAAUCUUUAUGGGCAUCUACGCCAAAAGCAGCACCGCCAUGACCUUCUCCUUGUCUACCCUGCAAGGUCUCGCCUACCUGGAGCCUCAUCUCAUUCUCCCCGGCGCCUUGCAGAGAAUCUAUCCUUCUCUUCAGGGUCUGGUUGAAGUGCACCGAACGACAUCUUCCCUUCGUGCCAUGCAAGUGCUAUCCCGCGUCAUUACUCGGACUAAGGGCUAUCGCUGCCACUUGACCACCCUCCUUGGUCUUGCCUUACCCGGUAUUGACGCCAACGAUCUUGAAAAGUCCCUCCACGCACUGUCCUUCAUUCAAUCGGCAUGCUAUAACAUCCCGAUGGUCGAUUUGACUCAGGGAAGAGAGGAUAUCAAUUGCAACAUGCUUGCACUGCAGUGGAUCACUGGCGAGAUGGAAAGGAUGGAAGAGCAAGGAGCCGAUGUGCAGCUGAACUAUGACACCGAGCUUGAUGAUGAAACAGAAGAGAUGAUUCUUCGCUCAUCGACUUGCGGCUUUGGCGAUUUCACCAUCUCAUUCCUUGGCCGUGUCUUUACCCUCCUGGAGAAUUUGCCUGAUGUCACCAGAGUGCGCAAUGGAUCCCCUGAAGAAAACAUUGUGAACACACUCCCCGCCACAUUCAUGCCGCUGCUUGCUUCGCUGUCUCCUGAGUACUACGAUAUCGCGCUGUCGAAGAUUGUAGAUUUUGUCUCCAACCACGUUAUUCACCAAGCACGAGAUGCAAUGGCGUUUAUCUGCAAUGCCUUGUGCAAGGUCAAUCCUGAGAAGGCCCUGAAGCGCUUUAUCCCAGUUCUUACUCAAGCUAUUCGUACAGAGAUUGAGGAGAACGGUGCAGGCUCCACCAGAACUACAGGCACGGACGUCCUUCCACGCGACCGUGGCUUGGUCUGGAACGUCAGUAUGCUGAGCAUGUGCGUGGUUCACGUUGGCGACGCCGUGCUUGCCCAUCGACAGGAACUGUUUGACAUCGCAGUCUACAUGCAGCAGAAAUGCAGGGGGAUUCCGACCGUGCACAUCUCAAACUUCAUCCACCAUCUCUUGCUCAAUCUUACGGGAACGUAUACCAGUGAUUACUCUCUUUAUGAAAAGAGAGACAUUGCUGAUGGCAUUGAGCCGAAGCACUGGAGCUACAGCGCUGAUGUACGGAACCUUGAUAUUAACUGGCAUGUUCCUAAGCGUGAGGAGUUGGAGUUUGCUGUCGAAGUCUUCAAGAAUCAGGCUGAGUCGGCUCUGAAGCAUCUCUCAGGUCUGACAAACGAGACAUCAAGCAUUAAGCGCGAUGGAAGCGGUAAGGACUGGUCCGAUGAAGUUACUCGGAACCUCGUUCUGCUUCGAUUGCUUCUGUCUGGUAUUUCUGUCCUUUUCGAUUCCAAGGCUUCCUCGAAGACUUCCGAAGCCUCCAACGGCGUGUCGGUGACAUCAAGCGAGUUUGAAAUGGUGGAUGACUCGUCCACGUCUAAUGGCGUGGGCGACGAGGAUCCCGAUGCCUCGCUUGACAGCUCAGAUGAAUCAGCGAUCAAAGAAAGCUUCCCUUAUCCUACUGGAUACCCUCUGGAGGAAGGAGAUUCUCUCUAUACGACCAUCCACGAAAUCCGUGAACGCGCAGGAUUGGUCUUACACGAGGUCCACCGGUUCCUGAGUGAUAAGCAGGAGGACGACGUGCCUUGCUUUGGUGCGCUCUACUCGGCCUUCCGCUCUUGGUUCGUCGAUGUUGGCAUCGAACGAUCCGCCCACGUAUUGGACCGAGUCACCCGCCUAUUGGCAGCAGAUAUUCACCCAUACAAGAUGAGCGGUAUCCGGAAGGACUACCCUCGAGCACUGCUCGUGCGCAGGGCCAACGUCUACCAUCUACAACGUCUGCGACACAAUGCCGCACCGCGACCUCGGUCCAAACUGGACGAGAUACUUUUGUUUGAUCUAGCCGAGUCUUGUGUCUCCCUCUAUACUGAAACUCGCAGGAAUGCCCAGAACGCCGGUGAAUCGGCUCUCAAGUCCGUCUGGGGCGCCCGGACUCUCAUCAUUCCCCCCCUUCUCAAAGCUCUGCAGAGGGGUGUCAAGGAGAACGAUCAUGCCCGUAUCAAAGGAGCUCUGUUUUCCUUGCUCCUAAGCAGCGUUGCUAAGACUGUCGGGCGGAACUGGAAGUACACCCCAGCGCUGAUCCGAGCUUUCAUCGAUGCCAGCGCUGUUGACAAACCCUCUGUGCAAAAGAUCUGCUCUAGUGCUGUAUUCCAAAUCAUGGACUAUGGCCGUGCCAUGGAGCGCAUGGCCAUUUUGGACCAGGAGAUCAUCGAGGCGAUUGCGCCCAGCGUUGACGUCCAGGGCCAGAUCGAACAGAAGCGCAAGAUCAUCAACAAGAAGCGCGCUAUGAUUGAGAAGAAGAAGGCCGAUCUGGCUGAAGAGCUGGUGAAUCUGGCGCGAGUUUCUCACUGGAAGAUUGCUAGUCGCGCCGCAACAAUUGUUAUUACGAUGGGUCUGCGCUUCGACUACGUCGCAAGUGACAACUUGAUCGAGCUGGUCACUCUUGGCUCGAUUGAUGAUCACCCAGGCCUUCGCGGCAUGUACUCCCAGGCACUCAUUGCGCUCUUCACUAUGAUCGAUGUGCGGGCUAUCUGCAGUCACGAGUACAAGAAUUACAUCCUGGGCCACCAGCGAUUCCCCUCGAAGAUCAAGGUGGCCACGCGGCCCUAUGAGAAGGACUGGACCCAGGAGUACUUGGCCAGCUUUGCCAAGCCCGAGGCUGAAUACUACGUUGACCACGACUUCCCAGGUUGGCUUGUAUGGGGCAACACGAUGCCUGCGUACAAGUCCAACAUAGAACGCGAUAUUGAAUAUGAUGAAGUGGAAUGGAACGUGCGUACCCAGAUGGGCAAGCUGUUUACUCGCGAGUGGUUCUCCAAGUUUUUCAUGUAUCUGAAGCAAGAGCCGAGGGAUCCAUCUGCGGACAAGUUCCGCAUGUCUUGUGCCAUGAUGCUCCUGUACGCUUUCGAGCUUAUGCUGCGGGAUGGGCUCACAGGUGCCUCCUUCAAGGAUAUCCAGCAGGAGAUCCAGGCCGUCUUUGAAGAUGGUAGUGACAAGCACCAGCAUCGUGCCACCGCUGAGAUUUUGGGUGCCUUGAUCAGCUCCGUGACAGAUAGUAGUGUGGAAAAGCGUGCUCUCGUUUGGGAGUAUGCAUUCCCCAUUGUGCGGAAGAUCUUCACGGAUGGUCUUACGCCUGAGAACUCAGGGUACUGGACUACAUUCCUCCACAUGAUCUUGCAAUGUCGCGAUCCUCGACGCGCGUGGCCCUUGGUUGACUGGCUUGCCAGCUUCCGUCUGGACAUGUCGACGAAUGCGGCCUUCAAGGAAAGCUCGAAGAUCAACCUGCUGCACCAGUGCAUCAUUGAUGCCGGGUGGCACUUCCAGCUUGAGAAGCCUAUUGUGGAAGACUUCCUUGCACACUUGGAUCACCCUUACAAGGGAGUGCGUGAAGCAAUGGGUCAGACUCUUGCGACAAUCUACCGCACAAGAUAUCACGAGUCAUACCCCGACCUCCGACAUUUGUUGGACGAUCAGAAGGCUGCUUCGUCUGUUGGCACGUACCCCUACCGGCCCUCUGAUGAUUUCUCCAAGAUGCUUCGUGGGGUUUUUAGCCAAAUCGAACAAUGGCGGCAAGCCAGAAGUCCAGGUCAACAGACCCCUUCGUCCUAUACCUCGGGCAGUAAGACGGUUCUGCUGUGGCUGGACUCGACUCUGUCCUCCCACGAGUGCACUCAGCUCGUCCCUUUCUUCCCUGAUGUUUUCACCGCACAGCUUCUACACAUGAUGGAUGUCAAGGAAGACCCGGAGCUGCAGUCGCUCGCAUACCAUGUUUUCCGCCACCUCCCGAACAUCCCCUACCCUGCGGAGAAGAACUCCGACUUCAUCCAGUCCCUCAUUCGCAUCGGACAGACCUCUCCCUCAUGGCACCAACGCCUGCGUGUCAUGAUCAACAUCCAGAUCAUCUACUUCCGCCGACUAUUCCUACUAGAUCCAGCCGAUCGUGACAAGCUCUUCGAGUGCAUUGCCUCCAUGCUCGAAGAUCCCCAGCACGAAGUCCGGGCUGGCGCAUCGGCCACCCUGUCCGGCAUGGUCCGUUGCUCGCCGAUCUUCCUGCGUGACAAGAUGGUUCACCGAUUCCAGGAGCGCUUCAACCGGGUCUUGGCGGACAAUCCGCUGCCGAAGAAACCCAAGAACUUCCGAUCGGGCAUCUCCUCCGCGGCAUCUUCGGGCACGGGCACUCCUACCCCUGAGCACAAUCGACUGAUCAUUGUGCGCCAUGGUGCAGUUCUGGGACUGGGCGCUCUGAUUCAAGCGUUCCCGUAUAACAGUCCUCCGCCCCGCUGGAUGCCGGAGGCUUUGACUACGUUGAGCAUCCGCGCCGCUAAUGACCCAGGCGUAGUGGGCUCCAGCGUGAAGUCGAUUAUCAGCGAGUUCAAGAAGACUCGACAGGAUACCUGGCACAUUGAUGCGAAGGCCUUCACGCCGGAUCAGUUGGAGGAUCUGUCCGGUGUUCUAUGGAAGAGCUACUUUGCCUAA